CUGAGUUUUGGUCAGGAGGAAAGUUGUCGUGGAGUUUGGAGGUCGACCGAUUUAUAAAGUAGGCACGUGCAAUUUUAUGUCAAAAUGUCGGCAUUGAAUUCAGAAGUUCCGUCUAUUAAGGUGGAGGACUUUGAUCAUCAGCCGGAGGGUAUAAAGUAUGCUAGUAACUUUGACAUCUGGAAGAACAUCAACGCAAUGCUCCAUGGAUCUCUGAACAUUACAGAGAUGGGCCCCACUGCAGUUCCUCCUGACCAAUCAAAACAAACAAUUCACCAGAUGGGAGUUCGUUCCCAUCAGGACCCCACCCCAAAUAUCUACGAACAGUUAUACAACAGUGUAUAUUCUACAAACGCUGCGUAUCAGAGUACAGCCGGGGCUUAUGGGACAGGACAGGGAUACUCCAGUAACCCUUACCCAGGGUUUCAGCUGUUCUCUGUAGCCAACACAAACCAGGCUCAAACUCAAUCCCAGAAUGCUUCGGGCUCACAUCAAUCCCAUGCUGCUCACUCAACACAUGCUGCUCACUCGGGACAACCUCAGCCCCAGAUCCCUAAUUACGGAUAUGGUACUCACUCCUAUAAGGACAUGUAUACAACUCCUCCUAAACAAUCCCGAGCAAUCAAGGGUAGUCCUGGUACUCCCAACAGCAGUGACUAUGGAACCCUGUCCCCACAAAGUCCACAGAAUGAGGGUGGUUUGUCCCCUGUGGAGAAGAUGAUUUACUCAAGCAUCAUGCAGCAGGGAAACAAACAGACAAGGAGUGUCUCCCCCUGCGACUCUGACACCAGUGGUAUCAGUAGUGAAGGGUCCGAGGCAGCCCUCAUAGACAUGAUGAACACACUGAAUUUAGGGAACAGAGUCCAGCAACCCCAGCAACAAUCAACAGCACAGGAUGUUGCUGCACAGAUCUACAAUGCACAGCUGCAGCAACAGCAGCAACAAGUGGUCCGGGAGAAUGCCAGUGCCCUGAGUCAGGUCAUACCCCAGGCUAGGACGACUUACGGGAGUGUGGUCAACCCUUUCCUGAUGGCCAGCACUGACCCCUACGCUAUUGACCGGGCGGCAAGGUUACAUAGGAAUGCUGCUGCAAUGUGUGAAGCCACAUGUACCUGGAGUGGACAACUCCCCCAGAAGAAUUACAAAAACCCCACCUACUCCUGUAAAGUUUUCCGGGGUGUCCCCUGGGACAUCACUGAGGCUGGUCUACAGUCCGCCUUUAUGAAGUUUGGAUCAUUCAAGAUCGAGUGGCCGGGGAAAGACGGUUACGUGUACCUAUUGUUUGAAUCAGAGAAGGCUGUCAGGGGUCUGUUACAGGACUGCACUCAUGACUUCAGCAGUGGAGACUACUACUUCAAAAUAUCCAGCAGAAGGAUGAGAGCAAAAGAGGUCCAGGUAAUUCCGUGGGUCCUUAGUGACAGUAACUUUGUACGCCAGCCGUCACAGAGACUGGACUCCAACAAGACAGUGUUUGUGGGAGCUCUCCAUGGAAUGAUGACUGCUGAAGCCCUAGCUAAUAUCAUGAAUGAUCUCUUUGCCAAUGUGGUGUAUGCUGGUAUUGAUACAGACAAACACAAGUACCCUAUUGGCAGUGGGAGAGUGACAUUCAGUUCUAAGAAGAGCUACAUGAAAGCUGUCCAAGCUGCAUUUAUCGAGAUCAAAACACCAAAGUUCACAAAGAAGAUCCAGGUUGACCCGUACCUAGAGGAUUCGAUCUGCAGCCUGUGUGCCACCCAACAGGGUCCAUACUUUUGUCGGGACAUGCAGUGCUUUAAGUACUUCUGUAGGAAUUGCUGGUACUGGCAGCACGCGCUCGAUAGUCUCCGUCAUCAUAAACCGGUCACCAGGAACACAAAGACAACCAACCUGAUCGCGGCCGCAUCAGUGUAAAGAAAACCGGUUACCAGGAAUGAUGAGACAACCAACCUGAUACCGGCAGCCUCAUUUAAAAUGAAAUUUGAACUUUUCCAUCCAUAUCAGAGAUUUGAGAUUUGAUAAGGCAGGAAAAAACUUACUGAAAAGAAAUCUUUUUUUUUUUUUCAAAGGUGCUCAGGAAAGUGCUUAAUACACAUCUGUGUUCAUUGAAAAGUUUUGUAUUUUAUAAAAAGUUUGCUUUUUUCCGUCCAAGUAGAUGAGUAGAGUAAAUGUCUCAUUUUAGAUAUUAGUGUCUCGGAAAGAUAUUACUGCUGUAUCUGAACUUUUUAACAUGUUGUGAUUUACAUGAAAAAAAAUCUCUCUCACUUUUAACAUAAAGCUAUGCAAAUUAUUGUUCUUUACAUUGAAAUUCCCUCACCACCUGGGAUGUUUAAGGACAAGAAUUUUUUUUUUUACUCUUUAAAGCUGAAGUUUUUAUGUAAUUUAAAAUCUUUUUUUCUUUGUUUUUUUUUUUUGUCUCGAGAUAUGUAUUUGACCUGAGUGAGAUGUUUCUAGGUCAAAGGGUGUAUUUAUUUCUUGUAUAUGAUUUUUACAUCUUAAAGAAGAACUACAACUUUUACAUACAUGUGAUUAACUAUUGAUUUUGAGUGAUUUUUCUUACUGAUUCAGAAAAAUUGAUUUAUCUCUCUGUCUGCGAGGACAGCUUUAUGUAAAGGCCUAUUAGAUAACCUAGGAAUGUUAGCCUGGGUGUUGGCAGUAUUUUUUGUACAGGUCCAGACUAUGUUUUUUGUUUGUGUGGGGUAAUUGAAAAUGUUUGCUCUGAUUCCUUGUAUUAAAGUGUUUAUAUUUGUUUCUGUGUUUGAAAUUAUUUUGUUGUUUUUCUGAUGCAGUUUUUUUUUUUGGCUGUAUUUUACUUGUAAGUGCUGACCAUCUUUAUAUUUUGCUAUUUGAAAGUGCUACCUGUCUGAUGAGAAACUUUUGAAUUUCACAUACAGAAGGAAACCUUUACAUUAUAGAGGAAACAUGACACUUUUUUAACUACUUUAAUAUUUAUUUUCUUACCUAAGGCCAUGCUUAAAAGGUUAGUCAUUACAAGUCAUUUACGACAUUUAAUCUUUAGUUAUGUUUGUACAAGAUUACUAUGUGCAGAAUAUAGAUUUUAUGUGUGUAACUCUUUUUGCUUUGGAGGUAAAAAAGGCUUUAAAGGGAGUUGACCAAAGAAAAGUUUUAAAUACAUGAUGUGCUUCCACUGAAUCUAAAAGAUUUUUACGUUUUACACUAAAAUUCCACAUUUUUUAGGCACAGAAGGUUAGAACUUAUACAUUGUCAGCUGAAUGUUUAUCUGUAUUAAUUUUUGUUUUUUUGUUAUUUCAUGUUUUAUAUUUUUUCUUUCAUUUUUUUUUUUUUUGUAAAAUGUAGAUUAUUUUGAAUUUUCAUUUAUUACCAAGUGAUAAGUGUAAAGCAUUCCAGACUUGUAUGAUGUAAAUAAAGUGGUAGUUUGUGUUAGUGUAUUUUGUGUAAGAAUUUUUUGGGUGAUAGGAUUUUGAAUUCCAUUUUUUGUGUUGGUUGUUUUGUGCUGUAUUUCAUAUUCAUUGGCCUUUUGCACCUGUUAAUAGCACUGCAAGUUAACAUUCUCUUUUUCCAACAUUUUUCAUGAAGGACAGUUAAUGUUAGGGAAUUUAGCCACUGUAAAAACAGAAACACAUAAUUAAAUUGGAACUUAAAUUUGCCUGCUUAUAACUGAUUUGUCAAAAUUGUGAUUGUUACAAAAAUCCAGACUAUUUAAUCGCACAUUUUAAGAGAAUCCAGUAUUUAUAUAUGUUUUACUUGAGGAACAAAUCUUCAAUUCUUUUAUGAUGAAACAAGUGGGUUUUUUUUUGUUUUUUUUAAAGGAUUUGUCCAAUCAGAACUCUACUGUUGUAUGUGUGUCAUUCAGUAUUCUGAUUUAAAUUCAAUAGACAGAAGAAAAAGAUUUUUUUUUUAGAAUCUUCAGAGAGAGAGAAUUGGAAUAAAGAUUUUUCUUCUGACGGAUUUUUUUUUAACUUGAUCAAAUUUUGAUUAAUUAAUGACCAAUCACAGAAGGAAUUGUACUUAAUUAUAUUACAGUUUUAAUCAAGACCACUUUUUACCUUUUCGUUUAUUAGUUUCAUGUAAAUCAAGAUUUAAAUUUUAU